AUGGAUCGCCCCGAGCCGGGACUCGUCAAGUGGUCAUCUAACCCUUCUCAUGACAACUUCAUUCAUAUCAACCUUCAGCAUCGUGUAGUUCAGGUUUACGAGCCAACUGGUCACGCAAGAGCAGGGCGUUUUGAUUACCAAAAACUCUCUCGGCAUGAUGAUUUCCCUCCUCUCACGACUUACGACUGGUCACCAACAAACCCUGGCCUUCUUGCUGUUGGAACUGGAAGUGGCAUAGUGAACUUGCUCAAGAUUGACGAUGGUUCUAAUGCAUACGUUGAGCUAGGCCUCAAGAUGUCCCGAACUUGCCAGGCUGUAGCAUUUAACACUACUGGACUACUGGCUGUCGGCCUUGACAGAGUCCGAAUGGACCAAUGUCUUCACAUCUGGGAUGUCAGCCGACUGUCUUCGAUAGACAAAAACACAAAAGGGUUCCCUUCAGACGCAAGCAAUAUAGCAGACCCAAAGACACGCCUAGAACCUAGUGUCUCUGUAUCAAGUAUCAAAUUCUUCGAGGAUAGCCCUCAAACUCUCGUUGUCGGCAUCAAGGCGCAAGGCCUCCGAAUACACGAUCUUCGCGAUCCUGGAAGCAUUGUGACUUUCCAGACUAAAUGUAACAACAACCUUACAAUCGACUACGCCGACCAAAACUACUUUGCUUCAUCUGCUCUUGACCACCCUGGUGUGAUGAUAUGGGAUAGGCGGGCCACAUCACGACCCGUGGCUUCUCCUACAUACAUGCAAGCUAUAGAAGAGGACGAACUUCCGUGGGGUGGAGCAUUGCGUCUCGAUCAAGUGAUAGAGACCGAUUCUGAUCCUUUCUUGGCAGAAGGAAAGUACUCUCUCGUUCGCUCUCUUCGUUACUGUCGCGACCACCGCGGAUUGCUUGCCGUACUAUCCCGCACUGGCCAGCUCAAGGUUUUGAAUACCAACAAAGAAGUCCCGUCUUCCGGUUCCAGUAACCCGGAGCUUCUUCAAGUCCAAAAGUCGUACGAGAUGGACGUCUCCUAUGUUGAAACGUCGAGAAAGAAUGAUCGCAUUGUUGCUUUUGACUGGGUGACGUUGAGCUCACCGGUGCUACGUCCACGACUGCUUGUUUUACGAGCCAAUGGAAACUUUGACAUCCUGGAACAGCCAUCGCAGACCUCAGAUCAUGUCUUCAAGCUUGUGCCAUGGAAGUCACCACACCGUGGACUCGAAGAGGGGGGGCCAUACCAUGAUAUAAUGCAAUUUGAGCCUUCACAGGCUCCGGAUAUUCUGGGUCCCCUGCUAAUCGAAGAAGCACUAUCAGAUGUGCCUCUUUUCGGGUCGGAUAGCGCAAGCAUCCGGGCCGACACAGGAGCUGCACUAAAGGCAAAUAGCAUGUCUUCGGUUGUCAUAGAAGACAUUGGAGCUACUUCGAGGCCAUUGCCUGAAGCAUUCCAUAAAGCAUCCGACGUGGCUCCCAAAAUCAGAGCCUUGCGUGCCUUUGUCAGAGACGAGUUUCAAGCGCCCAAGGGAAUCAAGCCACGUGCUGGUGAUACAAAGAUCGUGCAAAGCGAAACGAGCUCAUGUCGAGAAAUGCACGAUGCCUUAUUGACUUCACUUGCCGAGGCUGAAGGGUUGCCAAGAGAAGCGCAAAGUGUACUUGAUCACGCAAUGCUGUUACGUGCCAAAGAGAAAUAUCUCUUUGAUGCGGUAGCAAAUAGGGAUAUUGUGGCAGACGACCCUUGGGUUAAAUACAUCUGGGAUUGGGUUGCAAGUGCUGAGGACUUUGCCGAUGAUGGCGGAAUGAUCCUUUCAAAUAUUGAUAUGAGUUAUCUAGGAGUUCAUUCAAUAUGGACUAACAAUCUUGUUGACAACAAGAUAGGACGUGAUCCUUCUACUCGUCUACCCCCCGGUACAGCACCCCCUGACCGUUCAACAUGGGAACGAAGCAUUAUGAGUUUUUGCAAGAAGAAGCAUCUUCCCAAAUUUGAUGCAGUAACGACCAAGUGGCCCGCUCAUCGUCAACUUUGUCUCAGUGUGUGCGGUUGGGGUGAUUCAGAAAAACAUGAUCCCAAGGGCCGUAACCGCAAGGCAGAUCCCGAGUAUCCGACCACCAUCCACACUAUGGCUGCUGCUCGAGCUUUAUUUGCAGGAGAUCGCAAGGAAGCUAUUCAGAUCCUCAAAAAGGCUAGCACUGCACAUCCGGAACUACUCUUCGUAUCGUUGGCACUGCAGCUCAUGGGCGAUGAUAGCAACACGCCCGCCAAGGAAAAGCUCGAUUUUGAUGAAGCAGUCGCCUCAAAGACUGAUCCCUACUUGCGAGCCAUUUCAUCACUUAUCGCUACGGGUGAUUGGACGGCGAUAGCUAGCCAGCUUUCUCUCCCCUUGUUAGAUCGUGUGUGUAUCGCGAUACGCAACUUUGACGAUGACCAUCUUACCAAGUGGCUCAACGAGCAAGUUGAUCUGGCAAUAGCAGACGGUGAUAUAGAAGGUGUUGUCCUCACAGGCAUCACAGAACCUAUGGUCGACAUUUUUGCUCGCUACAUCCAAAAGUUCCACGAUGUUCAAACAGCAACAUUGGUACUUUCAAUCUGUGCGCCUCGAUACAUCGAUGAUAUUCGCUGCCGAGCCUGGCGCAAUGCAUACCGUGCCCAUCUACAGCGUCACAAACUCUUCUUCCAGCGUACGAAGUUUGACGUAGAGUCUACGAAACGUUCUAAGCGCGAUGGAAUCCCCAAACUCAAACCACCCUCUCGCCAAAUCGCCCUCCGCUGCGUUUUCUGUGAUGCCGAGACAUCCCUAGCAAACAACGCCAGCCACCCGCCGCAUCUUGGAGGUGGUUCCGCUCCACAGGCAUCAUCAGCUCUCGAGUCUCGUAACCCGCUUCUCGCGACUAGUAUCAACGCAGGCGUGAGCUGCCCAAACUGUGGCCGACACCUUCCACGAUGUGUAGUCUGUCUUGAGAUUGUCGGUGUGCCACGCUCUGACAAGCCGGAGAAGAGUGAAGCAAAAAUGGCCGGCCAGUUCCCAACAUUCUGCCUCCGCUGUGAACAUGUUUUACAUCUUGAUCAUGCCCGACAGUGGUUCGCUAGACACGUUGAGUGUCCGGUGCCAGAGUGUCGAUGCCGCUGCAACUUCAGAGCAAAUCCCGAGUUGAGUUACCGUUGA